AUGAUGAAAGGACUUUUUUUAAAUCGAUUAGCACAUUCAGAAGAUUAUCAUAAGAAGCAGAAUACUAAAAAUCAACCCAAUCAGAAUAAUUAUAAUUAUAAUAAUAACAGUAGUCUCGGUCGUGCUACCGAUUUCUAUAGAUCUAAGAAAGAUACACCAAACUCGAAGCUAAUAAAGACUCAUCUAUUAAACCUAGACUUGCAGAUUAGGCAGAAUAGAUUGGAUCGUAAGCAACAGGAAGAUAUUGAGAAGAAUAAAAUGGCUUCUAUAAAAACUACGGAAGAUGAUUCAAUCAUUAAAGCUGGGUUUUCACCUCCAUCUUAUAUGACAAAUUAUUUUUCUGUAUUCGAUGACCCAAAUCAUUAUUCCAUUGCUACUAGGAAAAAAUUACAAUUAGAAACUGAAUAUUGGUUGAAAAAAUAUUAUGAUACGAAACUUGUCUCAGAUCCAACCCAAACUACAACACCGCAACAACCUUUUUCAGCAGAAGAUAUUAUAGCGUCUAGAACUUCUAAUGGGAAUGGGAUUGAUCAACAGAUCCCUACCACAAAGGAUUCUUCUUUAUCAAGUUGUGAUGCAAAGCUCCAUAAUGGUUUGGAAUUUUCUAAAUGUUCCAGUUAUUUAGAUGACUUUACUACGUCAAAUAUAGAUAACUUGGGUAAAGUGGAUGCCUUAACUUCAAAGGCACUAACUACAUAUUCUAGCUAUUAUGGCAAUUUAUUAGCUGCCACUCCAUUAUUAGAUGAUGCAUCUUUGAAGAGCCAUACAAUGUGGUUACCUACAGUUCGUAGAAAUUUUAGACAAUUCUUAAUCGAUGCUAAGGAACCAGAAUCAAAUUAUUAUAGCGAUAAGACAACUGCCAUCUUUAAUCAAGCUUCAUCUGUAAUACCACAAAGAUAUGAUUCAUUUUCAGGUGGUACUUCAAUACCAUCCAUGUUUGGUAAAGAGAAAUUACCAGCCUUAUCUUAUCAUUGCACUGUUUCCAUGGAUGAUAAUAUUUUCAUUUUAGGUGGGCUAAUGGCAUUCCAUAGAUAUGAUGAAGAAAUCCCUAAUUUGGAUGAUUUCAUUGUUAACGGAUUAGAAAAUCUACCACCUCCAUUCUUACCAGAAAUUAUCAAUAACCCAUGCAUGGUAUCUAAUCCUUUUCUUUUUGUCAAAUCAAUUACUUAUUGUAGUGUGAAGAGACAAGAAGUCACAGGCACAAUCCCACCUCCUUUAUUAGGUUUAAAAGGUACAAGAUUAACUCCUCGUUAUAUUUUCUUUUACGGUGGUAUGGAAAUUAUAACUGAAACUACCAUUAAUUCACAGGGGAAAUAUAUUAUUAAUCAUUCUUCUAUUUUAAAUAACAAUGGUUAUAUUUUAGAUACCAUGUUAUUUAAAUUUUCAAAAAUUGAAUUAGUGGCAAACCCAGCUACUCCCGUGUAUUCCAAUUAUUCCACAUUAUUCCCAAGACUUGGUCAUGUUUUAGUCUCUGUAGGUAAUAAAAAUGAAGAUUCAAACAAUACUAUUAAUUCUAAUUCUAAUUCUAAUAAUAAAUCAACAGGACAAACUAGCAACAGUGCUAAUAGUUUUGCACAUUUCGAUCAAGUGAGCACAACUACUUCUUCAUUCUCCUUAACAAGUUCUAAUUCAGCUUCUUCCAAAAAUUCAUCUACAACAUCAUCAACUAAUAAUUCUGAUAGAUCUAAAAAAUCUUCAAACUCACAGCAACAAUCUAUCCCACAAUUGACUCCUCAACAACUUUCACAUCAACAACAAAUUUUCAACUAUAAUUUAAACCUAAGGAAUAGUAUCAAACAAAAUGCAUCAAUUUCAAAUAAAUCAACCAUCAAUUGUAUUUAUAUAUUUGGUGGUUACUGUCAAUUAGAUGUAGAUAGAUAUGAAGCUAUGAAUGAUCUUUGGAGAAUAGAAAUACCAAUAUUGAAUAGAGGUAAACGUGGUUAUUAUGAAUUCCCAACAAAUGCUACUGCAACUCCUCUAGCUUUAAAUUCUCAAACUAUUACUGAUUCUGAAAAUAUUCCAAAUUCAACUCCAGAUUCUCGUAUAACUCCUACAAUUAUUGAAAGUGAAAAUGAUUGGCCAUCUGCAAGAGGAUUUUGUGCAUUUUAUGUUCCUAAUGAAGGUAUAUCUCCCGGUAGAUCUAUAGAGACCGAAGUAUUAUCUAAAUUAGAAUCUGAUUUUUCAUUGGAAUCUGCAUCAGUGGCUGCCAUCGGUACAACAAGACCUUUAUACAACCAUCAUUGUCCAAAUUUAAAUACCACCAGUAGACGUAGUACUAGUCAUCAUAAUCAUCAUCGGCAUCAUCAUUCAAAGCAUUCUAAACAGAAACGUAAUAGUACUUCAAAAUCUCAUAAACGCUCCAGUACUCCUAAUAGUGCUAAUAAUACUCCACCUCAUAGUAGUAGCAAUACACCAACAAGUUCAUAUCAAUCAAUGACAACAUUAAGCACCUUAUCGAUGAUGGAACAGAAGCAAAAUUUAUGUAAUAAUCCAAGUAAAAUUAAUUUAAAUAUGAUGUUAAAAUCACCCAAUUUUAAAUCAUAUAAUAAUUUUGAUGAUUUUACUAAAAAAGGUAAUAUUAAUAGUAAUAGCGGGUCACCCGUGGAUGAUAGAUUAGCAGGAAUGUUUAUUAUUCAUGGGGGCUCGAAUCAUUUAGAUAUUAAAGGCGAUAUGUGGUGGUAUGAUGUUGAUAACCAUAAAUGGAACAGAGUCCAGACAUUUGCAUCCAUUAAAGAUCCCAAAGAAGGGUAUAAAAAGGAAAUUGGUGAUCUAAAUGAUAAACAUUAUGUCAACAGAAUUAGAAAUAAAAAAGAAUCAAUGAUACCAUUGGAUGUGAAAUUAGUUGGUCAUUCUAUGGCAAGCAUUGGUCAUAUGGCCGUAUGUGUUGGUGGCUUAAUUCCUAAGGAUAUUGAUAUGCUAUAUAAAAAUAUUAAUUUUGAAAAUUAUGAAUAUGAACUUCAAUAUGAUGGAGUUAUGGAAACAGAUGUCUAUGGUAAACAAUAUGGUGACGAAAAAAGAUAUGGUAUUCCAUUAGGUAGUGGCCAACUGAAUAUUUUCAAUAUUGUUACUGGUGUUUAUCAAGACGGUGUAUUACUUGAUAGUAUUGUAUUUGCCAAUGAUCAUGACAAUAAAGGAGAUCAAAUGAAAAAGAAAAAGAAAGUUAGAAGUAAUAGCAUGAGUAGUGAUAGCAGUAACAGUAGCAAUAGUAGUGAUGAAAGUGUUAUAAGUAAUGAUGAUAGUGAUGAUAUUAGUGAUGAAGAUGGUGGUGAUAUCUAUAAAAAAUAA